AUGGCUGUCGGGGUGGACCGCCGUGCGAAGACAGUUGCAGCCAAGCUGGACCACGCCUUGCUUUUGCAGCCCGUCGGUAACGCAAUGUCCUACGAUCCUCUGGCCCAAUCUUCUGGCGCGGGCUUUCCUGUUCCAGAAACAACAACUUCCGGAAUCGUGGAUGAGCGCUCUGACUACUACUCUGCGCAAACCGACCAGGCCGGCGCCGAAACCUCACCGCAGCAACAGCUCCUCAAGAAGAGGCGCGCUUCAAAAGACAAGACUGCCGUCAUCAGACGUUCUUCAUCGACACCGCACAUGCGCAACCUAGCUCUUGGAACGUCCAGCGAGCUGUCACCUACUGGUGACAAACGACGGAAUAAGCUGGGUUACCAUCGGACAUCAGUCGCCUGCGGACACUGUCGCAGGAGGAAGAUCAGAUGCCUCGUCGCCAACGACGAAGUCACUGGACGUUGCGCAAACUGCAUUCGUUUGAAAAAAGAGUGCAACUUCUACCCCGUGGAUCAGGCGCCCGAACAAUCUCGUUCACAAGCAGGUGCACCAAAAGAAGCGAGCAUCGUCGCGCCUACAUCUUCCAACACAUCAUCACCACGACAUCCCGUCUCCGUGUUGGGAGGCAAGGUGGAUGAGUUCCGCCCUCCCUUCCCAGGAACUUUAUCGACAAACUCUGUGUCUCGAUACGAAGUUCACAGUGAAUCCGACAGUGAACCCCACCACAUGACCCCAACAAGCGGAAUGCCAGUACAGCAGCCUGGAUACGGUUACCCGCAACCAAUCGACACACAGUGGCCUCCGAGCACUGGCUUUUUACCAUCUUCAUCUGUCUCGGAGAGCCCUUCUUCUUCUACCGGCUACUGGCGUCCAUCUCCUACAACCGCAAACUCGGCUUUCGGCAGCGAAUCGAAUGUUUCGGGGGUGCACACACCCGCGACAACAAUGUCCUAUGGAAGCCAUCAGGACAAUCAAAAUUGGGCGCCCCCGAACUUUCAGCCGCCGAGUAGAUCCAUGUCGUACGGCAACAUUGAAGGUCUACCCCAACAUUACCAGAACCAACCUCUUGGCGUUGCGCCUCACGAAUACCGACGCACGGCGCCUUAUCCGUUUCCUACUACUAUCGACACUAGCCCCGCUGCUAUACAUUCGAAUACAAUCGGACCACACUCGUCGGCCCCUCUGUCGGCCCCCAUUGUAUCUGGGAAUGCAUACAACUACCCUCCGCCUUGGAAUCCGUACCAAGGCAGUCAAAAUCCAGGACACGAGGGACCAGUACAGAGCCGCGCAAUUGGUGGACACUGGUACACGGAGCCAGGACAUCUGGGCCAGGUUCAAGAGGAAGGCGCCCCGCCCAUGGCAUACGGCCACCAAGGCAUGUCCCACUUUUAG